AUGGCUCCAGCCAUGCGGUCGGAUCACCUGGCAAAGCUGCGGCAGGAGACGGUGGACAUGUUUUACCACGGCUACAGCAACUACAUGCUGCAUGCUUUCCCCGAAGACGAGCUCCGUCCCGUAUCAUGUCAACCCUUGACUCGAAAUCCCAACAAGCCGGCGGAUAUAGGUCUCAACGACGUGCUCGGCAACUACUCCUUGACACUCAUCGACAGUCUGUCAACCCUGGCGAUCCUUGCCGGCGGGCCCGCCGACGAGAGGUAUACGGGCUCUCAGGCGUUGAGCGAUUUCCAAGACGGCGUGGCGCAAUUCGUUCUAUACUAUGGCGAUGGAAGGCCAGGCCCGUCCGGCCAGGGUAUCAGAUCCAGAGGCUUCGACCUCGACAGCAAGGUCCAGGUUUUUGAGACGGUCAUCCGCGGCGUCGGCGGACUUCUAAGCGCGCAUCUCUUCGCCGUAGGUGACUUGCCCAUCCGAGGCUACGAUCCGAAACCCGACGGCACCGUGAGGGGCGAUGAUCCGCUGGAAACGGCGCCCAUCUCGUGGCCUGGAGGCUUUCGAUACGAUGGCCAGCUCCUGCGGCUCGCUUUUGACCUCUCUGGGCGUCUUCUUCCCGCAUUUUACACCAAAACAGGGAUACCAUAUCCACGCGUCAACCUGCGCUCCGGCAUUCCCUUCUAUGUCAACUCGCCGCUGCAUCAGGAUUCCGGGGACGCGGAGCCCGCGGUCGGCAACGCAGAGAUCACUGAAACGUGCAGCGCGGGCGCGGGUAGCUUGACGCUAGAGUUCACCGUCCUGAGCCGUCUCUCGGGCGAUCCGCGCUUCGAACAGGCCGCCAAGCGUGCUUUCUGGGAGGUGUGGGAGCGACGGAGCGACCUUGGCCUGAUUGGCAACGGCAUCGACGCCGAGCGUGGCGUCUGGAUCGGCCCCCACUCUGGCAUCGGCGCCGGCAUGGACAGCUUCUUCGAGUACGCGCUCAAGAGCCACAUCCUCCUCUCCGGGCAAGAGACGCCUAACAUGACGCGAUCCCAGAGACAGAGCACGACGGCCUGGCUCGACCCCAACUCGCUGCACCCGCCCUUGCCGCCGGAGAUGCACUCGUCGGACGCGUUCCUGGAGGCCUGGCACCAGGCGCACGCCUCGGUGAAGCGACACAUCUACACGGACAGGAGCCACUUCCCGUACUACUCCAACAACCACCGCGCCACCGGGCAACCGUACACGAUGUGGAUCGACAGCCUCGGCGCGUUCUACCCAGGCCUGCUGGCGCUGGCCGGCGAGAUUGACGAGGCCGUGGAGGCCAACCUCGUCUACACAGCGCUGUGGACGCGCUACGGCGCCAUCCCGGAACGCUGGUCCGUCCGGGAGAGUAACGUCGAGCCCGGUAUCGCCUGGUGGCCGGGCAGGCCCGAGUUCAUCGAGUCGACCUACCACAUCUACCGGGCCACGGCCGACCCCUGGUACCUGCGCGUGGGCGAGAUGGUGCUCCACGACAUCAAGCGCCGUUGCUGGGUAGCCUGCGGCUGGGCGGGACUGGAGAACGUUCUCUCGGGCGAGAAGCAGGAUCGUAUGGAGAGCUUCUUCCUAGGAGAGACGACGAAAUACAUGUACCUGCUCUUUGACCCGGAACAUCCUCUCAAUAACCUCGACGCUGCCUACGUCUUUACAACCGAGGGACACCCUCUCAUCAUCCCGCACCAGGCGCGUGGCUCAUCAACACCCAGACGUCGCCCUUCGCGAGCCUCUCAACAAACUAAAAAAGAUGUCGCUGUGUAUCACUACUACGACAGCAGAUUCACAAACUCCUGUCCGGCCCCGCGCAAGCCGUUGGAGCCACUGGCAGGCUCCAACACGGCGGCUAAGCGCAACCUUUUUGACGUUUCCCGCUUCACCAACCUCUACAACACACCCAACAUACACGGCCCGCUGGAGAUGUUCAACAUCAAGGACGAGGACAAGGGCCACGUCAUGCAGUACCGCGCAACUUCAAACCACACCGUCUUCCCAUGGACACUCCCGCCGACAAUGCUCCCGCACAACGGCACCUGCCCAGCACCCGUGAAUCGCGUCCUGUCGUGGAUCGAGUUCCCCUCCCAGGACGCGGCCUCGUCCGCGUCGUCGUCGCUGUUCUCGCGUGCCAGCCCGCAGCUGCGGUGGUACCAAAACCUUGGCCCCACGGUCGAGACCGUGGACGGCCUGAAGCUGCAGCUCGAGCAGGAGUUCAGCGAGGGCGCCGGCAGCGACGUGUGGAUGAUCACGCACGUGGCCGGCAAGACGGUUGCGCGCCACGAGAACGUCAUGUUCCACGCUGAACACGUGCGCCAGUUUCGCGACGAUGCCUUCUCCGUCCUCCGACGCAAGGACAUGGUGGACGUGGUGCUGCUCGUCGAGCCGGACGAGCCGGAGCCGGCCCCGUCGCUCCGGACGAGUCACGAGUUACCCCUGGCCUCAAUGCCGCUGCCGGUAGCGCCCGGUUCCCUCGACGAGAUCACUAGCAGCAUCGACGCCGUUGCGGAGAACGCGUCCUCGACGACUCGCAAGCCCGCCGUGCGCGCGAGCGACGAACCGCCCGCGGCCGACCCAGACUCGCUCUUCAAGUCCAUCCUGCGCGCCGUCUCGUCGGCCCUCGAGGGCAGUAGCAGUGCAGCCGCCAGAGGCACUCCCGCACCAUCCUCACCGUUCCGCGGGGGUCACAGCUCCCUUGACGAUGACGGCGACGACUCCUCUGGUCCAUCCAUCUACAGCUGGCUGGCCAAUACCGCUACCGGCGCCGGCGCCUUCCCCCUGCCCGCUGUGCACGACGCGCUCCUCCGCAACAGCCCCGACUUCUCCGCCGCCGACCCCGGCGCCUCGCUUCCCUGGCGCCGCGUGUACAUGGCCGGCCUGGCCUGCGACGGGCCGCUCCCCGACGACGCCGCCCGUCGGCACCAGGUCAUCGUCAUGCAGCGCGGCGGCUGCUCCUUUGGCGAGAAGCUCGACAACGUGCCGAGCUUCGUGCCCGAUGACGGCGGCGGCGGCGGCAGCCUGCAGCUGGUCGUGGUCGUGGACGACGGUGUUGGCGAUGACGAUGUGCCGCGGCCGCUGCUGCCGACGGAGCAGCGCACGCCUCGCGGCGCGCCCCGCGUGCACGGCAUCCCGAUGGUGCUCCUGGCGGGCGCCAGGGGCACGUACGAGCUGUUCGGCAAGGCGGCGGGGGUCGGACUGCGACGCAAGUACGUGGUGAAGAGCCAGGGCUACGUGAUUGAGAAUGCCAUCGUGCUGUAG